GUAAUGAAAUAUCAUGCCGUUAUUGAAUCCUCACCUAAAUUUGAACUUCAUUUUUCAACUUUUCGAAACUACAAAAGAUCCAACCCACAAAUCAAAACAUUAUACAAAGAAUAUCAUGACCAAAGGAAAGAGAACCGAAGGCUGGUCAGAAAGAACACUAUCGAGGAAUGUAAUAAAUCCGAUCAGUGGUCUGGUAUAAAGAUUCCGCAUAAAAGGAGACAUGAUGAUAUGGAGGCUGAAAAUGAGGAUAACCGGUUGACUUUGGACCAAGUGAUUGGUCUAUUUUCUGCGGAAGAAAAGAAUUUAUUGAGAGAAAUUAAUUGUAUGAAAAGAGAAUGCAAGAAGUUACUUCAAGAUAUUCGAAGGGCAAACGGAGACAUGAGUGACUUGAGAUACGGUAGGAUUCCCACGGAAGGUCUUGGGGAAGAUGAAGUGAUCAAUGGAUUAAAGGGAUUGGUGUUGACAUGUAAUGCAAUAACUUCGUCUGACAAAAAUUUGACCUAA